AAACGCGGUGGUGGUGGUGGUGGGGGGAAGUACUACCACCCCCUGCUUAAAGUAACAGGGCCCCCCCCCCGUGCUGGACCGGGGGGCCUCAGGAACCUGCACACCCCUAUCCCCGAAGCCUGAACUUGGCAUUCCCCCACAAGCCAGGAAGGAGACAGGCUUGAAGAGUUCUCUGCAACAGACUCUCUGCCCAGACCAUCCAACACAGCUUUGGGAAGAUCCUGCCACUGAUGGGAAUGAAGGCAGAAGAGCCAGAUUACCAGAAGCAGUUUGAAGCAGCCGUCCAUGUCAUUCAAGGCUUGCCCAAGAAUGGCUCCUACCGUCCGUCCUAUGAAGAAAUGCUACGCUUCUACAGCUACUACAAGCAAGCAACGAUGGGUCAAUGCCAGAUCCCCAGGCCAGGAUUCUGGGAUCCCAUUGGCAGGUAUAAAUGGGAUGCGUGGAAUCGCUUGGGGAAGAUGACCAAAGAGGAAGCUAUGAUUGCAUAUAUUGCAGAGAUGAAGAAGGCAGCCCAGAAGGUCAUCGACACUGUACCAAUGGACGAGUCAUCGGUGGACAUGUUUGUAUACUUCGAACCCCUGUACGAGAUGAUUCACGAUAUGCCCAGGCCCCCCGAGUCCUUCUUCAAGAAGAAAUCAGUUCAACUAAACUCCAAGACCCUGUCUCUCCACAAUGGUGCUUUGAACGGACCUGUUGAGAAUCUACCAGCUUCUGGAGAAUACAAGCAAACUGGUCCAAGCCAUGCAGAUGAAGCUGUUAAAGGCAGCCAAAUGGCCAGUGAUUCAGAGAGCGAGGUGUUCUGUGAUAGCCUGGAACAGAUGGAACCUGAUCAGGCUAGCCAGCAAUCAGACAAGCUAAGCUUCCCUUUAACCAACCACAGCGAUCAAACUGGCGAGAAAGGCUUGCGAAUGACCCCAGGUGAGAAGGAUCUCAGUAGCAGCCCUGAAGACAUCCGUAAGAACACAGCAGCUACCUUGAUCCGGCAGGAAGUGGAAUUGCAGAUGGCGAACGCUAUCCAAGCCUUGCAGGAGGACAUGAGGAAAGUAAUGGAGAGACUCCGCCACCUGGAAUCAUUGGCAACAUUGCAGGGUCACACAUCUAUGUGGAAUCCUCUUCAACCAAUCACAUUGUACGAUGCAAAGGAACCACGACGUUGGCCCAUACGGCUGUCUCCUGGCACCACCUUGUUCUUGCUGGCCUGGCCUUUCAUUGUCCAGUGGCUCCUUUGGCGCUUUCAGAGCCGGAAGAGAUGAAUUGAGAAAGAGAAAGAAAUAAACUAUUUGAAAUGACUGAAAAAAAUCUGAAGGUUUAAAACUCUAGACAUUGGAGUCCUACCAACACUGCUGCCUGCCAAGGGACUGUAUACCUUGAUCUUUGCCUAAUCUUAGAAACACAAUUCUGGGACCGGAUGGAAAUCAGAUUUGUUUUGUACCAAAAAGAGGGGAUUGGGAAAAGUGACUGCAAAGUGAAAUUGAGGUGGGAGGGGAGAUUUGUUCAGUCAGCAUUCACAAGGGUGCAGAGGGAAACUGAGGCCUCAAUGGAUAAGGUUUCUUCUGACAAGCCAAUCGGAUUAUGCCUUGAGUUGCAUGUGCAUCAUGCAGCAUAGCUCUUCACUUAGCAAGAUUAGGAACAUAGGAAACUGCCAUAUACUGAGUCAGACCAUUGGUCUAUCUAGCUCAGUAUUGUCUUCACAGACUGGCAGCGGCUUCUCCAAGGUUGCAGGCAGGAAUCUUUCUCAGCCCUAUCCUGGAGAAGCCAGGGAGGGAACUUGGAACCUUCUGCUCUUCCCAGAGAGGCUUCAUCCCCUGAGGGGAAUAUCUUCCAGUGCUCACACAUCAAGUCUCCCAUUCAGAUGCAACCAGGGCAGACCCUGCUUAGCUAUGGGGACAAGCCAUGCUUGUUACCACAAGACCAGCUCGAUUCUGGAGACUGGGGGAGGGAGGGGUGCAAAACUCCCCUUGACUAAUCCAGGAGGCGGCCCUUUUUUGCUUCAGCUCCUCCAGUUGCUAAGGAGGGGGAUGAAUUGAGUUGAAACUGGUUCUCCUGGCUUUGGGGUCUCAGGGCUUCUACAGUGUUUUAGUCACGGGAAAUGGUUUGAUGAUAAAGACACUGCAGUCCU